UGUCGACUACGAGAUAUAACAUAUUCUGCACCAAUAACAGUGGACAUUGAGUACACAAGGGGAAGUCAGGUGAGAUUCACGUACUGUAAAUGGAAAUGCUUUCACAACUGCAAUUUUAUCCCGACGCAAAAUUCGUCAUUUGGAUGCACAGUCCACACUAGGAAAGCAUUCAUUAUCGGAGUGAUUAUACUAACAAAUUAUUUCGUAAUAUGUUUCAGAGAGUCGUUCGAAAUAAUCUGCCAAUUGGGAGGUACAGUAUUAAACGAAUUAUCCUACAUUUUAUACUGUAUACUGUAUUACUUUACUUAAUUACUAGACCAUAACCAUAUUUACCAUACCAUACCAUACCACGAUCCAGACCUAACAUAACCAUAUCAUACCAUGAUCCAGACCUAACAUAACCAUACCAUACCAUACCAUGAUCCAGACCUAACAUAACCAUAACCAUACCAUGAUCCAGACCUAACAUAACCAUACCAUACCAUGAUCCAGACCUAACAUAACCAUACCAUACCAUGAUCCAGACCUAACAUUCAUACCACACCAUGAUCCAGAUCUAACAUAACCAUAUCAUACCAUGCUCCAAACCUAACACAACCAUACCAUACCAUACUAUGAUCCAGAUCUAACAUUCAUACCAUACCAUGCUCCAAACCUAACAUACCAUACUGUAUCAUACCAUGGUCCAGACCUAACAUUCAUACCACAUCAUGACCUAGACCUAACAUAACCAUACCAUACUAUGACCCAGACAUAAUAUAACCAUACCAUGGUCUAGACCCAACAUAUACCAUGAUCCAUGCAGACCUAUAACAUAACCAUACCAUGAUCCAGACCUAACAUAACCAUACCAUACAUGAUCCAGACCUAACAUAACUAUAUCAUACAAUUAAUUAUAUGUUACCUCUAUCACGUAUAUACUAACUAUGGAAUAUUUAGCAUUAAAUUUUCUGCACUAAAAGUUUGGAAUGUAUUAGACGAUUCGGAUUGAAAUCUAUUCGACGAUUCGAUUCAAGACUUUGAAUUUGAAAAGUUUUAAAAAGCAAUUCAAAAAUUAAUUAAUAGAUCAGCACGAAUAGUUUUGAUCAAGUAGCCUUCUCCAAGAUCUCAUUAUUUCUUUUUUCAUCUACAAUCUGUACUAUUAUUUUCGGUUUGUGUUUUUUGAUUCUGUGUGUCGUAUCUUUGUUUGUCAUUUUGUGCUCGAUAUUAAUUUCUGUCUGCUGAACUUAUUUCUUUCAAAAUCAUUGUUAUAAGCCAUCUGACUAGAUUAGCCAUAUAAGGUUAUUUCAGAUGGUUACACUCUACAUUAUUUCUGUAAUCAUUUGUAAUUGUAAUUUUAGAUAUUAUUCAGUAUGUAUUUUUUUUAGUGUUAUAAAAUUGUAUUGUAUUGUAUGAUACAGACCUACCAAAACCAUCACACCAUACCAUAUACCACUCAGUCCUACUGUAGUGACCUACCCUAACCAUAUAUCAUACCAUACCAUUCACACCUUCCAUAACCCUACCAUAUCAUACCAUUACGACACCAUAGCACAUCGCAAUGCAGCAUACUAUGCUGACGACCAACUAUUGUAUGUUGUGUACUGUAAGUACUAUAGGUUGGUAUUCUAAAGGUAUUUUGUUUCCUGUAGAAUGCCAAUAAUGUUACGAAGUUCAAACUGUAUCCUAACAGGGAAGACUCCAUAUGAACUUUCCAAGUUGAACGAAUGCCCACUUGAUCCAGGUACUGUGAUAUUGACACAAGGGGCACGGGUAGCAAAUAUACAUGGUAACGUACUGGGCCUUGCCACUAAAAAUAGGCCGCUGUUGCUGGUCGAGUGCAGAGACUAGACACCUUACGAUUUUAGGACGGCAACGCGACGACGACGGCCAAAACAAACUCCUUCAAAUAAAUGAUAGUAAGAUAAUUCGUGGUAUAUUAUCAAUCGUAUGAAUAAUACAAUCUUAGAAGUUGAAGACAUGGAUUUUAUGUUUGGGAAGAGUUCUGCUCAGGCCCGUAGCUGGGGGGGGGGGCUGGGGGGCAUUGCCCCCCACUCGGUGGGGCAGUGCCCCCAGUGCCCCCCCACUCGGAAAUAAAAUUGAAAUUAUGCCCCCCCCUUACGUUUUGCAGAACUAAUAGCUGUUAAUGUUUUUUUUGGCUAAGUACCGAAAUUUGGUAUGAAAAAUUGAGAUAAAGGACCUGGAAACCAAUUGCAAUCAUGGGACAAAUUCUGAAAAUGUUGUGGUUAAGUGAUGUUUCGAAAAUUUUUGUUAGGUUUCGGAAAAAUUUGGUUUGUCCGGAAAUAAAUUCUGGAAAAAAUUUUUCUCAUCUCAAACCCUCUGUUAUAUUCUUUCUGCAGUGCCCCCCCCCCCCCCCAGAAAUUGAGAGCCAGCUACGGGCUUGGUUCUGCUGCGUGAAGCCAGUUUGAAGUUGCACUUGUUGCGGCUUGAAAUGCAGCCGUUGUAUCAAGACGUGAAAAUCUGUGAUUUGGCGUUGUAAACAGAGCGACGACAUGAGUUUAAAUUAUUCAUAUAUUGUAAUUAUUCAAUUCUUUUCAAUGAUUUAUUGUAUUGGUCGCCGUCCUAAAUCGUAAGGUCUCUAUUUACAUAAGUUGGGUACUUGGGUAACAUUUUGCUUUAAAGGACAUUGGCAAUAUAAAAUUAGUUCAGUUCAUUUGAAAGAACUCUUAAAACUAUAUAUUAAACUCUAUUACAGAUUGUUUAUAUCUUGCUUAGUUUUCAAAAUAUUUCGAUUGAAAAAAGCGAGCUGUUCGCCAUCUUGGAUUAUUGAGGAUAUGCAUGUUACGUCAAGAGAGGGGUCACGCUUAAUUUUUUAUCUUGAGAAUAAGCGUUCAAUAUGGGUCCAAAACUUCGUUUCUGGUUGCUGUCUGAAACUUAGAAAUGAUUAAAAACAUUUCAAACAAUUUUGGAUUGUUACUCGGUCAUUUUAGAGUAGCUUUAUAUGGUUAACCCAACUCCUGACGUCAUCAAAACCAUAGUUAAUGAGGUCAAGAAUUAGUGCAAGAUGGAGGACAGCUCAUUAAUUUCGGUCUAAAUAUUUCGAGAACUAAGCAAGAUAUGACAAAUCGUUAAUAGAGUUUAAUAUUAAAUUUUAAGAGUUCUUUUGAAUGAGACAAACUCAUUUGUUAUUGCCACUAUCCUUUAAACAAUUCCGGACAACUCAUGUGAGUGGACAACGACAUGAAAAUUUAUAUUUUUUGUUCGAGUUUUGAAUUGUACAUUUGACUAUUGCAAUGGACAGCCUUAAUUGAAAUAACUGUACAUACUGUAUACUUAGGACGAUUCUACGAUGCGAAAGACAAUAGGGAGCCUAUCUUGGGAUGUUGUAUUAAUUUUUUGUGAUAUUGUUAUCGUACAGGUGGCUAUUUUAUCGUGGGUGGCACAGAGAAAGUGAUUUUAAUUCAAGAGCAGUUAUCUAAGAACAGAAUGAUUGUCGAGGUUGACAAACAUGGCAGUGUUGGUUGUCAAGUAACGAG